AUGGCAGUGAUGAAUUUAAAAUUUUUUGACGUCGUACCAGUGAGGUUUAACCUAUGGCUGAUGAUAUUCACAAGUUGUUGGGUGAUCUAUAUGUUAAGAGUAAACAUAAGUCUAAAUCUAAUUGCAAUGGUCCCGGAGCCCGCCAAAACAACUACAAAAACAUCACAAUGCGGAUCUAAUCUACAAGCUGUGAAUGAAACUAUGAAAUUCGAUGCCAACGCGACAUUAGACGAAGUUAGAAAAUCACGUUCUCAGGUAGAAGGCGAACAUUUCAAUUGGACUAUGAACCAACAGGGGACGAUAAUAGGUGCAUAUUUUUGGUGCUAUCCAUUCACGUCUCUCGUUGGUGGUAUGGCGGCUGAAAGGUGGGGACCCAGAUAUGUGAUCCUGGUGACGUCACUGCUCAGCGGGAUACUUACGGCAUUGAGUCCAUUAGCAGCGAGGAUGGGUUUCGUGGCGUUGGUUAUCAUAAGGCUUCUUCUCGGCUGUGCUGGGGGAUUUACAUAUCCAGCUCUACACGCGCUGGUCGCCAGGUGGGCGCCUCCUGCGGAGAAGGGAAAGUUUGUGAGUGCUAUGAUGGGUGGGACGUUGGGUAUCGUCGCUACGUGGUCGUUAACCGGCCCCUUAAUGGAAAAGUUUGGUUGGGCAUCCGCUUUCUACGUGCCCGCCGCACUAUGCUUUGUAUGGUGCGGUUUCUGGUGGUAUCUGGUAGCCGAUACUCCGAAUGACCACCCGAGGAUAACGAGCGCCGAAAAGAAAUACAUCAUGGACGCCCUCGGCGACAAAGUUAAGACGUCAAAAGGUUUACCACCGUUCAAGAGCAUCUGUACAUCUUUUCCUUUCUUAGCCAUGAUCAUAUUGCACUACGGAAAUGUAUGGGGACUGUAUUUUGUUAUGACAGUGGGCCCAAAGUUCGUUUCGAGCGUCCUAAAUUUCGAACUCCAAGCGGCUGGGGUCAUAUCAGCACUGCCUUACCUUGCGCGAAUGUUGUUAGCAACCGUUUUCGGGUCAUUGGGUGACUGUAUAUUGUCAAGAAAAAUGAUGACCACUACGACUAUAAGGAAGUUCUUCUGUCUCUUCUCCCAUAUCAUCCCGGGGAUUCUACUAGUGCUGAUGAUGUACACUGGCUGCUCGACAGCCUUGUCCGUCACGAUAAUCACGAUGUCUAUGGGCUUCAAUGGGGCAGCUACGUUGACGAAUCUGCAGAACCACCAGGACUUGGCGCCGAAUUACGCUGGCACGUUGUACGGUAUAGCGAACGCGAUUGGGAGUACAGCUGGCUUCUUCACUCCCAUGAUUACGGCGUAUUUCACCAGAAACGGGAACACAUUCGACCAGUGGCGCCCCGUAUUCUUCAUCGGUGCAUCUGUGUACAUAGUUGCAGCAAUUUUCUUUAUCCUCUUCGGAACGGGCAAUAUUCAACCGUGGAAUUUCGCAUCCGACGACAAGGACGAUGACAAGAUAAAGACUGAUAAUCUUAAAGACAUGGGUGACGAUGCGAAAAAUGGCAAUUUAAAAGAUUCCAAAGAAACAUCGUUGACCGUCACACGAGCAUAG